AUGUCUGUUGAAGAUCUCAAAUCUACCAUUUCCAAGUUGCAAGACAGAAUCCAGGCCUUGGAGGCCAAGGCCGGUAUCGUGCCUGAUGUGCCCAAAUCCAUCAGAAUGGUGUUGAUUGGUCCUCCAGGUGCUGGUAAAGGUACUCAGGCACCAAAUUUGAAGGAGAAGUUCUGUGCUUGCCACUUGGCCACUGGUGACAUGCUUCGUGCUCAGGUUGCUGCCAAGACCGCUUUGGGUCAGGAAGCCAAGAAGAUCAUGGACCAGGGUGGCCUUGUGUCGGACGAGAUCAUGGUGAACAUGAUCAAGUCAGAGUUGGAGAACAACAAGGAGUGCAAGAACGGUUUCAUCUUGGACGGCUUCCCCAGAACCAUCCCUCAGGCUGAGAAGUUGGACGGCAUGUUGGAGGAGAGAAAGACUCCAUUGCAGAACGCCGUGGAGUUGAAGAUUGACGACGAGUUGUUGGUGGCUAGAAUCACUGGCAGAUUGGUCCACCCAGCCAGUGGCAGAUCGUACCACAAGUUGUUCAACCCUCCUAAGAAGGACAUGAUCGACGACAUCUCUGGUGAGCCAUUGGUGCAGAGAUCCGACGAUAACGAGGACGCCUUGAAGAAGAGAUUGGUCACUUACCACCAGCAGACCGAGCCAAUUGUGGAGUACUACAAGAAGACCGGCAUUUGGAGUGGCAUUGACGCUUCCCAGAAGCCAGGCAAGGUGUGGGAUGACAUCUUGAAGUGCUUGGGCCAGAAAUAG